GUCGGAGUGACAACAAAGAACAAACCGCGGACGACACAAUAAUACUGUUCAUACUGAGAAAUAAAUAAUAAACGUUGUUUUUUUGUAAAAUAAGAAGAUUUAAAACGUUCGAAAUACUAAAUCCGACUAUAACUUAUUAUAAACACGUGUAUUUGUCUUCUUAAUUGCUGAGAAAUCGCUGUGUACUAUGCGAUGAGGUUAGGACAAUUUGUUUACAACUUUACACCGUUUUAUUGUUGAAUACAGAAUUUGUGCAAUACUUCCCGUUUCAGAUUGCAAAUCACAGUCAAAACGACAGUGAGCUUCACAUUGGGAUCUUAAUCUUCAAUUUGUUGCCAUGGAUCGUUCGAAUGAUUAUGAUGAUACUUUUGACUACAAUGAAGUGUUUCUCGCAGUCCAAAAUGGAGAGUUUCAUCUUGCUUUUUCUCUGUUGGAUAGAUAUUCGUUGACGGAAACGAUACUUGCCAAGUCGUUGCUGCAUAUGGCAAUUGCAAGAGGACUGUUGAAGAAAGAAUGUCAUCCAGGCGUGUUAGAAUUUUGUCAAGAAAACAAUCUCAAUGAUUGGAGAAUAGAAUGUAUAAGGCAGAUAGAUAUUAUGCGAAAGACGAAAAUUGAUAUUGAUUUAAACGUCACUUUCUACGAUGUCUUAACCCGACCAGUUGAAAAACUGGCCAUGUACGCAAACAACAAGAAUUUUGUGAAGGCAGUUGAUUAUUCUCAAACAGAAUUUCCAGCGUAUGCUGAGUUUAUAAAAGCGAAUGUCGAAAUAGCAGAAACUAAAAAAGAAUUUAUAAACGAGUGUGUUUGUUUAAUGUUUAGUGUAAUUGAACAAAGUCAUAAAAUCCGAAUUCCAAAUGCUGAUAUUUAUCACAUUUUUCAGUAUCUUUCAGUUGUAGAUUUGCAAAGAUUUUCUGCAGCUUGUUCCUAAAAAGUAGCUACUACUGAAUUAACGCAAAUAUUUUUGUUUGUAUAAUUUAUUAUGUGUUUUUUAUGAUAAAGAAAUUGACAUUUAAGUCCAAUGAAUGUAAUGAAAAGUAAUUUAAAUUUUUUAAUAAUUAUUAUUAAUAUUUAGUUGAUUAUAGAGUUUUAAUACAUAGAUGUAUACUGUGAUUACGUUAUUGUUAAGUUCUAAGCUUUGAACUAUUUUUUGUACGUCGACAUAAAAUCAUUAACAAAUUAAAUGAUAUUUUGAACAUAUUGUUAAAAAUGUCAAAGUGAUGUGAUAUUAAAAUAAAAAUUAUUUUUCUUAUUUUUUAAGGCUCUCAGUGAGGCCUUUUAAUUUUGAACACUAUGAUAAUC